AUGUGCGAAAAAAGCCAAAAGAGCGAAAAUUCACCUGAACAAAAUGGAGAUAAUGUAGAACUGUUCAGGAAGAAAAAUAUAGAAGUAACAUGUAUUACAAAUAAUACAACAAAAAAAUAUAUAAAAAAGAAAACGAAUAAACAUCAUUUGUAUAAUAAUAAAGAAAAACAUAUAAAUAAUGAAGAGAGUAAAAUAUUAUCUGUUCAAAAGAAACAAAAACAAAAAAAAAACAAAAAAAAUGUAUACAUAUUCGACUAUAUAAAAUAUUAUGAGAGAGUAAGGAAAUGGAAGGAAAAAAGGUAUGGAUAUGAUUAUGAAAAGAAAAAAACAAUAACAAGACAAGAAAAAGAGUUACCACAUCAUACAAAAAAUCAUCAUCAAAAAAAGAAAAACAAAAUAGUACAAAGAAAUGAUAUAAAUAAAAAUAUAACUAUCGAUAAAAAUUAUAUAGGAUCAAAUGAUCAAAUUAUUACAUGUGCAGAAGGUUACAAGGACGUUGUAAAUUGUGUGGAGCAAUACAAACAUGUUGAAAAAAAUAAUAAAAAUGAAAAUAAAAUAUAUCAACAUAGUUAUAAUAUUAAUAAUGAACAUUAUCUGAAUAAUUACACACCACAUAUAAAACCACCAAAUAGAAAUAAUAAUAAUAAUAAUAAUAAUAAUAAUAUGAGAGGCGCACCCAUUAUAAAUAAUAUAUAUAAUAAUUUGAAUAAUAUAGAUAUUUUAAAAUCUAGCGAAACUAUAUUAUUACAAGAUCAAAAUAAAAUAAACUUUUCAAAUAAAACAAUUAUAAGUAGUUUUCAAGAUAUGGAAUCGUUUCAAAAUUUAAAUUGUGAAGACGAUGAAGAUAAAUAUAAUGAUAUGGAUAUUAUUCCUAUGUCGAAUGACACACAUAUACAUCAUCCAUUGAUGAUAAAUAACUUAACACAUUUUUGUAAUAAAUAUAAUUUUGUUUCGUUAAAAAACAAAAUGAUUUUUUAUCCAUAUAAUUAUGAGAAUAAUAAAUACAAACGAUUUAGUUUUCCAUAUUUUAGGUUUAGAUCCAUAGGUAGAAAUGGGACAAUUGAAAAAACAAAAAGUGAUGAAUAUAAAAAAAAUAAAGAGAAAAAAAAAAGUAAAGAUAUGGAUUACUUUAAAAACCAAUAUGAUGAAAAACACUUUGAUUUAAAAAAGACGUUUGUUAAUAAUUAUUUGGACGAAAAUAAAAUCAAGGAAUAUCAUAAAAAGAAAACUAAUUUAUUAAAAAAAAAAUUUAUUAAAACAAGUAUUUAUAAGGAACGAAUAGAUAUAAAAAAAUUAGAAAAUAAUUUUUUUCAAAAUAACUCUAUUGAAUAUCGAGAUAAUAUAAAUACACCUACAUUACAAAUUGUAAAUAAUUAUGGUUCGAAGGAUCUAAAUAUGGAGCAUAUCAAUAAUCCUACCUACAAUAAUUUAAAACAUGUACAACAUAUCCAACAAAAAAUAAAUAAAGAUAAUAAUAUAUAUAAAAUGGAACAUUUAAACAAAAUGAAUGAUUCAUAUAAUUACACUCAUACGUACCAUCAUAAUAAAAAUGAUAAUUUAAUAAACAAUGCAGGAAAUUAUACUUAUGAAUGUAUUACCCCCACUUUUAUUAUCUCAAAGAAUAAAAAUAAAAAAAUAAAAAAUAUAAAAAAAAUAAAAAAUAUAAAAAAUAUAAAAAAAAUCAAAAAAAUAAAAAAUAAAAUCAGUAAUAAUAAUAAUAAUUAUUAUUAUUAUAACAAAGUUAACAGAAAUAUAUAUAUAAAUAAAAAAAAAACGUCACAAUAUUUUAAAAAUUUUAAAUUCAAAGGAAAAAACUUAAAAUAUAGGUCUUAUAAUAAAAUAUUCAAAAAUGUUAACCUAGAUAUUCAUAAAUAUAAAAGAAAUAUAUAUGAACAUAAAAAGAACAAAAAUAAUAAAAAGACAAAUAACAAAAUUAAGCGUUUGUCUACAACACCAUCUAUUUUCCCAUUAAAAAAUAAAAAGAAAUAUAAUUUUUCUUAUGACAUAUACAAACAAGUAGAUUUACAAAAUAAUCUUUUAAAUAUUAAUAAACAUAAAAAAUUACUACAUAUUGAUGAAAAAGAUGUUACAAAAAAUUUUGAUAUUUUCUUAUGUCUUUUUAUGAAAUAUGAAAAAAAUGAAUCUCAACUUUUAGCAUUAAUACAUGAUGAAGAUUUGACAAAAUAUUCCUAUUUUUAUCAAACAUACAUCAGACCAAUAUUAGAUAGUUAUAAAAAAUGUAAAUGGGAAAAAAUAAAAAAUUCAAAUAUAAAUGAACAAAGAAAAAAGGAAAGAAAUUAUUAUACAAAUUAUAAUAAUAUCACCCUAAACAAAAUAGUUCUUCAAAUUUUUAUUCCUUCAAUUAAAAAAAAUUAUCUCAAAUAUUUAAAUAUAUUAUAUUAUAAAAAUACCAACAUAUUAGAUAUACACACAUCUGAAGAAUUAUUAAAAGAAAUUAUAAAAAUAGAUAAACAAAUAAAUAAUACAAGGAGAAAAUCUCAUGAGAAUAAUACAAAUUGUGUAUCGCUUAUAUCUAAUAAUAAUUAUGAAAAAAAAAUAAAAUUAAUACCCAAACCUCAGUGGGCUAAUAAAUAUAAUUUAAAGGUAUUAUUAAAAAGGCAAGAGCACUUUAAUCCUUUUACGAUAUUUGGAACAAGUGUAAAAGAAGUCAACUUAGAAGAAAUAUUUACAUUAGAUGUAUACAAUAAUUAUAUAACUAAUGAUGAUAGAUAUAAAAAUAAAAUAUUAUAUGAAUUAUAUGUUGGUAAUUAUAUACAUAAUUUGUAUGAAAAAAUAACGUAUGAUGAAUGGAAUGAUGUUUUAGAUAUUCUUAAAAAACACUGGAAUAAUUUUAUUACUCUAGAAUGUAAUAUGAUAUUAGAUCCUUUAUUAUUAGAAGAAAUUUUAUGGUAUAUUGAUAAUAAUAAAAUGUAUAAGGAUAAAAGUAAAGAUAUGUAUACUUAUGAAAAUUGUUUUUGUCCAACUCCUGAUCCAAAAAAAGAAAUAAAUUUUAAUGAUUUUAAGAAUUUUUCAAAAUCUAUGUCGAAUAAAUAUACAUUUCAAAAAAUAAACAAAUUUAAGAAAUAUUCCUUAAAUGAAGAAUCCAUAUAUAAAGAUGAUCAUUUGCUUUUUAAAUAUGAUGAUGUGUAUUCAAGGUCGGGUGUAUCAUCUAAUCCAAAAAAAAAAAAGAAAAAAAAAAGCAAUAAUCAUAAUAAUAUUAGAGAAUAUGAUACGAUAGAUAAUAAUUAUACGUAUAAUAUAAAUUGUAAUAAUUUUACAAAUAAUAAACACACGCUGGAAAAACAAAAUAUGCUUCUUCAUAUACCUAGACCUUCAAGUGCAAUAUACUACGAUAUAAAUUUUUUCCAAAACAAAGUUAAGAAAAAUAUAUUUACAAAAAAAUCCAAAUGUGAAAAUACUUCAUAUUGGAAUAUGUUACAUUAUAAUAAUUAUUCAUUACGUCGUUCGAAAUCAAAAAAAUGGAUAUCUCAAAAUUAUUUUGACAAUUUUUUUUCCAAUUAUUAUCUCUACAAUUUUGGAACAAUUGAAGGAACAUAUAAUUACACCAUAUAA